GGAUAACUAGGAUAAGUCAGACUGAGCGGUUAAGUGCAACAGAAAACUGCUCACUGAGUAAUGUUCGAAAAUGCAGAGGGUAGAAAUAUGCUGCAAAAUAGCUAAAAAUAUAGAGCAAAUUCUAACAAUUGAGUUACAGAAAUGUCGGUAAGUCACAGGCAUACAAAAAGCAGCUCCUAUAGGGAGUACAAAAGGGAAAAAACUGAUAAAUCCAGAACACGAUAUUACAGAGAGAAAACCAAAAGGGUUGAUGUAGAACCAAAAACACCUCCACUACUUACAAGAAGAGCCAGUAUUGAAGAUUUAUUCAAGCAAAGAGAAUCUCUUAGGCAAGAGCUAAAAAAAAUUGCAAAAAAUUCAGAAAGUGAUUUAAAAAGCAAACAUAAAUCAAGCAGAUAUAAGCAGUCCCAAUCUCAGCAUUCAAAAGCUGGACCAUGUAUGGAAAAACAGUCACGAAAAAGGCGAGGCAGCAGCAAUAUCGACUCAAUGAUAGAAAAAAAGAAACAUGUUAUUACUGAACCAGUGUUAGAACCUUAUGGAGAUCACACCCUAGCUGAUUCCGAAGAUGAAGAAACUAUUAUCGAACAAAGAAGGCAACAGCGCAAAUUACUACUCGAAAAAUUGAGCAUGCGACGAAAAGACAGAUUUGAGCAAAACUACAGAGACAACAUCAAUACAUCAAAUGUUAAUAGUGAUGACAAGGAUAUUAGCGAAAGUAGUCAAAACUCAACUUUUAUGAAGAAAACCAAAGCUUCAGUGAAAGAAAUACCUGAUAUGUUUUCAGAGAUAGAUUACUUUAAUCCAGAUAAUAAACCAGAUCAGGUGACACAAGACAAUACUGAAACAAAUAGUGCACAGUUAACUGACAAUUGGGAUGAUCCUGAUGGUUAUUAUAACAUCAAAGUUGGAGAUAAAAUAAAUAAAGAUGGAUAUGUAAUUAAAAAUAUACUGGGUCAAGGUGUGUUUGCUAAUGUGGUGCGCGCAAUCAAUAAAAGUAACAACACUGAAGUGGCGAUAAAAAUCAUAAGAAACAAUGAUCUUAUGUACAAAACUGGUCUAAAAGAAGUGUUGAUUUUAAAACAAAUAGCAGAAGCUGAUCCCGAAAAUAAAUACCACUGCAUAAAAUUCACAACACAUUUUAUGCACAAAAGCCACCUUUGCAUUGUCCUGGAGUCGCUCUGUAUGGACUUACGAUGCAUUUUGAAGAGAUAUGGAAAACAUGGCCUUAAUAUGAAAGCCUUAGCAAGCUAUAGUCGGCAGUUACUUAUAGCACUAAGAUUUUUGAAGAAAAUUGGUAUAAUCCACGGUGAUGUUAAGCCAGACAACAUCUUAGUUAAUGAAAAGAAAAACGUUUUGAAGUUGUGCGAUUUUGGCUCCGCAGCAAAUGCAGAUGACAGUGAAGCAACGCCGUAUAUGGUUUCCAGAUUCUAUAGAGCCCCUGAGAUCAUACUCGGCAUACCCUACCAACAUAGCAUUGACGUUUGGUCUGCUGCUUGUACUAUUUUCGAAAUGGCGACCGGCAAAAUAAUGUUUGCCGGGAGUUCUAACAAUAAAAUGCUGAAAUGUUUCAUGGACAUGAAAGGAAAAUUCCCCACUAAAAUGAUACGAAAAGGGAGAUUUAAGGACCAGCAUUUCAAUUUCAAAAACAAUUUUAUCCUCCACAAACGGGACGAGUUCUCUGGCCGAGAAAAAUAUACUGAAGUGAGUAAUGUUAUUAUUACCAGAGACCUUCAAAAAGAACUGAAUACGUAUUGCAAAUGUGCACAUGAAAAUGAAGAAAAAAAGGUGGGUCAACUAAAAGAUAUGUUAGAUAAAAUGAUUAUUUAUGAUGUACAUCAAAGAUACACAGCAACUGAUUGCUUGACACAUCCAUUUAUUCAAGAACCACUAGAAAAAUAA